AAUUAUGCAUCUCUUAACGAUGUUCUCUCCGUCAUCCUCCUUCGUGUUCUUAUUGGUCCAUGGCUUCAAGUCCUUCACUGCUUACGAAAAUUUCACACCCUUUUCAUUCGCUUACUUCUCUUUAUCCCACAAAAAUCACACUUUUCGACUUCGCAGCAGUUCAAUCAUUCAAUUUUCUGAAAAACUUAUCGUCAAAUGCCGAUUCAACCAUUUUUCACAAUGUCGAUUCCUUUUUUGCCAAUUUAAUCGACAACUCUUCUCAAAAAACCUGCUUAGCACAAGUUCAUGCUAAGUUUUUCCUCCUCGGGAUCCAGCAACACGGGUUUUUAAUCACAAAAUUAAUAAAUGCAGCUGCGAACAUUGGGGAAAUCGAGUAUGCACGUAAAGUGUUCGAUGAAUUUUCUGACCCUGAUGUGUUUUUAUGGAAUGCCGUCAUUAGAGGUUAUUCUAAGUAUAAUUUGUUUGCUGGUGCUAUUGAAAUGUACUCCAGAAUGCAAGUUUUAUGGGUCAGUCCUGAUGGUUAUACCCUCCCUCAUGUUCUUAAAGCUUGUGGUGGAUUACCAAGUCUCAAAAUGGGGCAGCAAGUUCAUGGACAGAUAUUUAGGCUUGGGUUUGAAAAGGAUGUAUUUGUGCAGAAUGGGGUUGUUGCAUUUUAUGCAAAAUGUGGAAAAAUGGCAAGUGCCAAGGUUGUUUUUGAGAGGUUAGGGAUUAGGAAUGUCGUUUCUUGGACUUCCAUGAUUUCGGGCUAUGCUCAGAAUGGACAGCCUGUAGAGGCUUUGAGGUUUUUUGAUGAAAUGCGGGAAAUGGGUGUAAUGCCAGAUUGGAUUGCUCUUGUUAGUGUUAUUAGGGCGCAUACAGAUGUAGAAGAUUUGGAACAUGGGAAAUCUAUUCAUAGUUUUGUGAUUAAGAUGGGGCUUGAACUGGAGUCCGAUUUGCUCAUUGCGUUGACUGCUAUGUAUGCAAAAUGUGGGCAAGUGAUGGUUGCAAGAACCCUUUUUAAUCAAAUGAAGGUUCCUAAUUUGAUUUUGUGGAAUGCCAUGAUCUCUGGUUAUGCCAAGAAUGGUUAUGCUGAUGAAGCUGUUGAACUUUUCCAUGAUAUGAUUUCCCGCAAUAUCAGAACUGAUUCCAUAACAGCCAGGUCUGCUGUUUUAGCAUGUGCACAAGUUGGUUCUUUUGAGUUAGCUAGAUGGAUGGACAAUUAUAUUAAUAAAAGUGAGCACAGAUAUGAUAUUUUUGUCAACUCGGCUCUCAUUGAUAUGUAUGCAAAAUGUGGAAAUGUUGAUAUGGCCCGUAUAGUCUUCGAUAGAACACUUGAUAAAGAUGUUGUUGUGUGGAGCGCCAUGAUUGUGGGAUAUGGAUUGCAUGGUAGGGGGAGAGAAGCGUUAGACCUUUAUCGGUUGAUGAAUCAGGCUGGUAUCCACCCUAAUGAAGUAACUUUUCUUGGACUUCUUAUAGCUUGCAACCAUUCAGGUCUUGUGGAGGAUGGAUGGCAACUUUUCCACUCUAUGAAAGACUAUGGAAUCGAGCCCCGUCACCAGCAUUAUGCAUGUGUAGUUGAUCUUCUUGGACGUUCUGGUUAUCUGGAUCAAGCUUAUGGUUUUAUUAUGAAAAUGCCAAUAGAACCAGGUGUAUCGGUAUGGGGUGCACUUCUAAGUGCUUGCAAGAUUCAUCGCCAUGUGACACUUGGAGAAUAUGCCGCAGAACGGCUUUUCUCAGUUGAAUCUUAUAAUACAGGGCAUUACGUGCAGCUUUCCAAUCUCUAUGCAUCUGCAAGAAUGUGGGAUCAUGUUGCAAAGGUACGAGUUUUGAUGAGAGAGAAGGGACUAAGUAAGGACCUGGGGCAUAGUUUAAUCGAGAUCAAUGGGAAACUUGAAGCAUUCCGUGUAGGAGACAAGUCACACCAGAGAUCAAAGGAGAUUUACGAGGAACUUGAGUCACUAGAGAGGAGGUUGAAGCAAGCCGGAUUUGUUCCAGAUAAAAAUUCUUCCUUGCAUGACUUGAAUGAUGAAGAGAUGGAGGAAACACUUUGCAAUCACAGUGAAAGGCUAGCUAUUGCAUUUGGGCUAAUAAGUACUGCACAAGGAACUACACUUAGGAUAACAAAGAAUCUGCGGGCAUGUAUUAAUUGUCAUUCUGCCACUAAGCUUAUUUCAAAGCUUGUUAACAGGGAAAUAAUUGUGAGGGAUGCAAACCGUUUUCAUCAUUUCAAGGAUGGAGUUUGCUCUUGUGGGGAUUAUUGGUAGAAAUACAAGUUGUUCAUGCUUAGAAAGGGCAUUCUGGUAUGUUCGCCUCAAUGUGUAUCUGUGUGACUCCAUAUAUAUUUAUAUC